AUGGCGGGGUGCUGGAAGCGCACGGAGGAGGGGAUGACGACGGGGGCCCCGGAAUGCACGGUUAUGGGCCAGACUUUCCCAAAGGUCUCGAAGUUUCUUCCCAGGGUCUUUUGGGGCUGUUUGUGCGCCACUGUGAUUGUCCUUAUUGUAGCAGUCAGUGUUUACACCCAUCUAGGCUUCUCGCAGCACGAAAGAGAGUCUGUUAAGCAGGUCAGAAUCCUGGGCCCCGACCUUUCCGGAGUUUUCUUCAAUCAAUCUGCACUAGUGGACAAGCAGAACAAUGUCAUCACCUAUUCUGUGACGUCCCAGGACAACCUUACCUCCACCGUGCUCUUUGACAUGAAGCAUGGAUUGGUGUGCUACAAGCCAGACAACUAUGGCACCUGCUUCCUACGCCACAUGGAACGGCCUGAUUAUGACAACGUGAACUCACUCCUCAAUAUGUCAGACCAACAGGUCAACCAGUUCUGGCUGGUGGGGAACGACACGAGACGACAGUCCGAGUUCUUGGGGGUCCUAGCAGGCAGCCAGGUGGACACCUCAACCCUACAGGAGCCCGUUCAGGACCUCUGCCAGCAAAGCACCAUAUACUGGACCAGGAGAGCAGAUGGUCCAGGAAAGCAGCGUCUGAUUUACUUCUGCAUAGACAUCUGCUUCCCCAGCAACAUCUGUGUGUCCGUCUGCUUCUACUACCUGCCGGAAUGAAGAAGCACUGAGCUUCUGGGCGCCAUGACACCAACCAACCACCCCACUACAGCUGGAAACAACACAGAUCUCCUCCCUCUCUCUCUAUCUCUCACUCCUCUACUCUUUAAGCAUCCAACCACCAAAAAAAACGACUAUAAAGAGAAAUGAAAUCUUCACACAUAUCCAUUCACGGAUACACAAAUCCACAUGCCCAGGCCAAAUCCAAAGACACAUGUAUAAAUCCAACUCCAAACACACACACACA